AUGGGAAGCUUCUUUUACUCUUCGGUGUUGUUGAUGCAGCUAUUGGUGCUGCAACCAUGGCUCAGCAUUGCAUCAACUCAACCCAAAAACUCCCAGACAUAUAUCAUCCACAUGGAUCACUCGCAGAAACCUCCACACUUCUCGGACCAUGAAUCAUGGCACCACCAAACCCUAAAGUCCCUUUCCUCGGUUUGCGAUGAAGAUGAAGAUAAUCAUAGAGGAACAUUUCUGUACUCUUAUACUCAUGUCAUGCAAGGCUUUAGUGCGAAGCUCACCCCUUGCCAACUAUCGCAAUUGGAGAAAUCUCGAGCUCAUCUUGCCACGUACAAAGAGUCCUUCGGCAAGCUGUUCACAACUCAUACGCCAAAGUUCCUGGGACUGAAGCGGAAUUCCGGCAUAUGGCCAACGGCAUCUUAUGGGGAAGAUGUGAUCAUCGGGAUGAUUGAUACUGGAAUUUGGCCGGAAAGUGAGAGUUUUAGCGACAAGGGGAUGGCUAAAGUACCGUCGAGAUGGAAAGGGAAGUGCGAGAAUGGCACAGCUUUUAGUCCUUCUAUCUGCAACAACAAACUGAUUGGAGCGACAUCUUUUAGCAAAGGACUCGAGGCUGCUGGUCUCAAUAUCUCCACCGAGUUCGACUUUGACUCGCCUAGAGACUUCCUCGGUCACGGCAGCCACACAUCAUCCACCGCUGCUGGUAAUCAUGUCGUUGGUGCUAAUCACUUUGGUUACGCACAAGGCGUAGCAAGAGGCAUGGCACCAAGAGCACAUAUCGCCAUGUACAAAGUCCUUUGGGCAUCCGACUCGUUUUCAUCUGCGUCUACCGAUAUUCUAGCCGGCAUGGAUCAAGCGAUUUCCGAUGGGGUCGAUAUAAUGUCAAUAUCUUUGGGCUUAGAUCACACACCCUUUUUUGAGGAUGUAAUCGCUAUCGCCUCACUUUCGGCCAUAGAAAAGGGAAUUGUUGUAGUUUGUGCUGCUGGAAACGAUGGACCAGGGUCAAGUUCGAUAUAUAAUGGUGCACCUUGGAUCAUGACCGUAGGUGCUGGCACGAUAGACCGAAGUUACAUGGCUACGUUAGAAUUAGGAAACGGGCUAACCUUCGUAGGCACCUCAUACUUCCCAAUGAGCGUUUCUAUUACUAAUACACACCUAUACUAUGGGAAUAACGAUCCAAGAAAAGCCGGAUGUUCAGCUCUAAAUCCACUUGAAGUCGCAGGAAAGAUUGUCUUAUGUGACGAUAGCAACCCGGAUCUUAACUCGCAGAUGGAUGUAGUAACGAGGGCUGGUGCAUACGCUGCGAUUUUCUUGACGGAAUCGUUGUUUUUGGAUCCAGAAGACUACACGAGCCCCGGAAUCUUAUUGCAUACCAGUUACGCGGCUGCAAUAAAGGAAUACGCGAUGAAAGGGAACACAUCUAUUGUAAAGAAAAUGAAAUUUGUGUUAACGGAAACUGGAACCGGACCUGCACCUGAGGUGGCGUAUUUCUCGUCAAGAGGACCUGAUCCGAUCACUCCGAGUGUUCUAAAACCCGAUAUCCUUGCUCCUGGAGUCGAUGUUCUGGGAGCCGUAAGACCAGACUUGCCGUUUAUGGUGGUCGGAAAAUACGAUUUAGUCACAGAUUACGCACUCUACUCCGGUACAUCAAUGGCGGCACCACAUGUAGCCGGAGUUGCAGCCCUCUUAAAAUCCAUUCAUGGUGACUGGACUCCAGCAGCGAUCCGAUCAGCUCUGAUGACCACUGCAACCAACACAGACAAUAGAAAUGGAAUCAUUGAAGACCAAUGGUAUAAUCAACCUGCCACACCUCUAGAUUUCGGGGCUGGCCAUAUCUAUCCGAACAAAGCCAUGGAUCCUGGACUCAUCUACGACAUGGGUUUUCAAGAUUAUAUCGAUUUCUUAUGUGGUCUUGGAUAUACCGAUCAACAGAUGAGUGCUGUAAUAAGAAGAAGUCGUUGGAGUUGCAGCACGAACCAUACUGAACUUAACUAUCCUUCGUUUAUUGCCGAUUUCUCAAACCAAACCACAUCUCCAUUAGAAAAGCAUUUCAUCAGGACCGUAACGAAUGUUGGAGAUCCUAGGUCCACUUAUCAGGCCGUCGUGGAAGUUCCGGCCAGGAUGACGGUUAGAGUCGAGCCAAAGACAAUCAGAUUCACGAGCAAAUAUCAAUCGGAAGACUUUGUAAUGAGUAUACAAAUGGACAAACGAUCUCCAAAUGUUACCUACGGGUAUCUGAAAUGGAUCGAUGAGCAUAACCACACGGUAUCUAGCCCUAUUGUAGUCAUCGGGAGUUGA